CAAACUUCCUAAAAUCUUCUGAGUYAAAAAAUCUCAAUAAAUUUUUCGCAAUUCGGCAUCGGUUACACGGCACCAGGCAUGUGUUUUGAAAUGUUUUAUGCAAUUAUUUAUGACUUAUGAUUAUUUUGUAAACAUUUUUAUAGUUUGGACAUCAAACCGUCGACAUGGCCGAGUAUCUGGCAUCUAUAUUUGGUACCGAGAAGGAUAAGGUCAACUGUUCAUUUUAUUUUAAAAUCGGCGCCUGCCGUCAUGGCGAUCGCUGUUCAAGAAUACAUAAUAAGCCUACUUUCAGUCAGACUGUACUACUACAAAAUCUUUAUGUAAACCCACAGAAUUCUGCAAAGUCUGCUGACGGAUCACACUUGGUUUCAAAUGUAACUGAUGAAGAAAUGCAAGAGCAUUAUGAUAAUUUCUUUGAAGAUGUUUUCGUAGAAUGUGAAGAUAAGUAUGGCGAAAUUGAAGAAAUGAAUGUUUGUGACAAUUUGGGAGAUCAUCUUGUUGGCAAUGUUUAUAUCAAGUUUCGUCGAGAAGAACAUGCAGAAGCAGCUGUUAACGAUUUAAAUAACAGAUGGUUUGGUGGACGUCCAGUUUAUGCUGAAUUGAGCCCUGUAACUGAUUUCMGAGAAGCGUGUUGUCGUCAGUAUGAAAUGGGAGAGUGUACACGUAGUGGGUUUUGUAAUUUCAUGCACUUGAAACCAAUAUCACGAGAAUUACGUAAAUAUCUUUAUAGUCGUCGAUCACGCAGACAUCGUUCACGUAGUCGUUCACGUGAUCAUGUUGGAACACGUAGAACCAGAUCACCUUCUCCUAGACAUGGCCAUCAUCGUGGUGGUGGUGGWGGCGGUGGUGCUGGAGGAGGAGGAGGACGUAGAGAUCGUAGAUAUUAAAAAAGUAAUUAAUUGCCAUUCAAAUUGUAAACCAUUAAUACUGACAAUAAGGAAAAACCAUAUUAUAACUAAAUUUUUAAUU